AUGUCUUACUACCCCGGAGGAGGCCAUAGGCAAGGAGGUGAUCAAUAUAGGCCUCAAGAAUCUCGUGGACAUGGAUACAAUAACGGUGGCUACGCGUCUUCUCGGGGCCGUCAGCAAUACGAUAGUCGAGGGUCGCAAUAUAGACCUGGCCAGGGAAGAGGUUCGUACCAGGGAAACCGUCAGCCACGUUACAACCCUUCUAGACAAGGUGCCAGCCAUCUGGUGUAUACGCAGACACAAACUGAAAACCAAUUGUGGAUGGGAGACUUGGACCCUUUGUGGAAUGAAGACACAAUCAUGAAAAUCUGGAGGAACGCUGGGGAAUCGCCGACAAAUGUGAAGAUCAUGAGGGACCGAGUGGGUAAACCGCUGUACUGUUUUGUAACGUUUGCCUCACCUCAAGAAGUGCUUGCUGCUUUACAGAAGAACCAGACACCGGUACCAGGAUACAAUCGUUUAUUUAAGCUUAACUACGCUUCGAGGAACGAGCAGUUCGGUGGGUAUCAGCGAGGACUACCGGGUUCAAAAGGCAGCAUGCCCAAUAACGAGUGGUCAGUUUUUGUAGGUGACUUGGCUCCAGAGAUCACUGAACCUAUGCUUUUCAAUCACUUUCUCAAAGAGUACCCGGGAGCUGUGCGUAAUGUCAAGAUAAUGAUGGACUUUUCAACGAAAACAAGUAAGGGUUUUGGGUUCGUGAGAUUCAAUAACGAGGAAAGUCAGAAACACGCUUUGCAGAACAUGAGCGGAUCUAUUUUAGCAGGAAAACCUAUCAGAGUUAGUCAUGCAUCCAGAAGUGAUACCCCCACCGCUGACCCUAAGAAAACUGAAAUGACUGUGCCAUCUUCUGUAAAAUUGAGUCAGAGCCACCCGCCGCUUGGACCUUUUACUGACCCUUAUAAUACUGUCAUAAAAGUGAAGGGUAUAACAAGGUCCAUCACUCGAGACGAACUUCUAGGCCAUUUCUUGCCAUUCGGCCACAUUGUUUACUGUAGAAUGAACUACAAGAAUGGCUUUGCACAUAUCAAGUAUUUGUUGAGGCGAGAUGCGGAAUCAGCAAUGCAUUUCAUGUAUGGAUUUAUUAUUAACAACAAUCCUGUGGCUCUACGCUGGGGAAGAGAAGAGAGGACAGAUACAGGGAAGGUUGGGUUUCAUCCUGUUGAAAUGUCGGACACUUAUCAUGCGGCAAGCAAAGCUCCCCUACUACUAGGUGAUCUACCGUCCAAUGUCGUCUUUGAGGAUCUCGACAAGGAUCAAGUUGAUGCGUUACAGCUUCAUACACAGAAUGAGUUUUUGACUGUAGCAGAAUAUGAUGCCAUCGAGGAGCAAAAGAAGAAAGAACGCGACGACUACUUGAUGCUGGCAUUUUGA